UCGGUCCCCGGGUCGCACAGGUGCGGCCGCUGCCCCCGCGGAGAUGUGGCCGGUCUCUUAGGAUGAGGUGUUGGUAGCAGGUGGUAAUAGAAUAAUUGAAAAUAAGAAUAUCCAGAAAUUAAGAUAAGAACCAAAAGAUCCAAACAGGGAGGCAUUCAUAUUUCAAGAUCUCCAAGAAGAGUUAGAAAUAGUUAAAAUGGAAGCAAAAGCUUGUGAGCCAAAUAAUGAAGAUCUGUUAUCAGGUAGUGGUAUCACACCCAAUGGAGGUUCUUCAAGCCCAUAUUUUGUGUCAUCUAUUCGUGGUACAUUAGUUGAAAACACAGCUUCAAGUGGGACUUUGACACAAAUUCCUUUUUUCCCUAAAUAUGAAGUAGAACUUGAUUCUCAUAGAAAAGUCAUCCCUUAUCCUGGAAAGGAACACAUUGAACGUGUUUUGGAAGAAUAUUCACAUCAAGUCAAAGAUUUACAGAGAAGACUAAAUGAAAGCAAUGAGUUGCAUGAGAAACAAAAGUUUUACUUAAGGCAGUCAGUCAUUGAUUUACAAACAAAACUUCAAGAAAUGCAAAUGGAAAGAGAUGCCAUGGCUGACAUCAGACGAAGGGAGAGUCAGUCCCAGGAGGAUUUAAGAAAUCAGCUUCAAAAUACAGUUCAUGAACUUGAAGCUGCAAAAUCCCUUAAGGAAGACAUGCUGAAGGACAGUAACACACAGAUAGAGCAGCUAAGAAAAAUGAUGCUUAGUCACGAAGGAGUACUUCAAGAAAUCAGAUCAGUCCUAGUUGACUUUGAAGAAGCCUCAGGCAAGAAAAUACAUGAACAUGACAGCAUGUCUGCUAUGCACUUCCGAAGCUUGGGCUCUGCUAUUAGUAAAAUCCUAAGAGAAUUAGACACAGAGAUUUCUUAUCUUAAAGGGAGGAUAUUUCCAGUAGAGGAGCAACUUGAAACAUUGAAAUCUGAAUCACAGAACAAAAUAGAACUACUUCUUCAACAACAUCAAGAUAGGAUUGAGCAGUUGAUAAGUGAACAUGAAAUUGAAAUAACAGGACUUACUGAGAAAGCUAGCAGUGCCCGAAGCCAAGCCAAUAGUAUCCAAAGCCAACUGGAAAUCAUUCAAGAACAAGCAAGAAAUCAAAACUCCAUGUAUAUGCGCCAGCUCAGUGAACUGGAAUCUACUGUUUCUCAGCUGCGUUCUGAACUGAGAGAAGCCAAAAGGAUGUAUGAAGACAAGAUAGAAGAGCUGGAGAAGCAGUUAGUCCUUGCCAACUCAGAGCUCACUGAAGCUCGUACUGAAAGGGAUCAGUUCAGUCAGGAAUCUGGAAAUUUGGAUGAUCAACUUCAAAAGCUACUGAUGGCAGCAAUUCAAGGGAAGAACGAAAGUCUGGAAAAAGUGUCUUCUCUGACUGCACAGCUUGAGUCUACCAAGGAGAUGCUGCGCAAAGUGGUAGAAGAGUUGACGGCCAAGAAGAUGACCCUAGAAAGUUCAGAGAGAACAGUGUCAGACCUGACAGCUUCCCUCCAGGAAAAAGAGCGAGCCAUUGAGGCCACCAAUGCAGAGAUCACCAAGCUUCGCUCCCGAGUGGAUUUGAAAUUGCAAGAGCUACAGCAUCUGAAAACUGAAGGAGAUCAUCUAAGAAACGUACAGACAGAAUGUGAGGCUCUCAAGCUUCAGAUGGCAGAAAAGGACAAGGUGAUCGAGAUUUUGCGCCAGCAGAUUGAAAACAUGACGCAGCUGGUUGGCCAGCAUGGACGAACUGCUGGUGCUAUGCAAGUAGAAAAGGCUCAGCUGGAGAAAGAGAUUAAUGAUAGGAGACUGGAACUGCAGGAAUUUAAGAUUUUGAAAGACAAGAAAGAUGCCAAGAUCCGGGAACUUGAGGCCAGAGUGAGUGACCUUGAGCUAGAGAAGGUGAAGCUGGUGAAUGCAGGCUCUGAGCGGCUCCGUGCAGUGAAGGACAUCAAACAAGAGAGAGAUCAGUUAUUAAAUGAGGUGAAGGCUAGUAGGAGUGAAUUAAACAAUCUGUCAGAGGACUAUGAAGUCUUAAAAAGGAAUUUUCGAAACAAAAGUGAAGAAAUGGAAACUACUACAAAUAAACUGAAAAUGCAAUUAAAAUCUGCACAGUCUGAACUGGAACAAACAAGGAAUACACUAAAAUCUAUGGAAGGAUCUGAUGGUCAUGCUAUGAAAGUGGCAAUGGGGAUGCAAAAGCAAAUCACAGCCAAAAGAGGGCAGAUUGAUGCCCUUCAGAGCAAGAUCCAAUUUCUGGAAGAAGCCAUGACAACUGCAAAUAAGGAGAAGCAUUUUCUAAAAGAAGAGAAGAGUAAACUCAGCCAGGAAUUGAGCACUGUUGCAACAGAAAAAAACAAGAUGGCUGGAGAACUGGAAGUUCUGCGGUCUCAGGAGCGCCGCUUGAAAGAAAAGGUUGCUAACAUGGAAGUUGCUCUUGAUAAGGCGUCUUUGCAGUUUGCAGAAUGUCAAGAUAUAAUACAGCGCCAAGAACAAGAAUCUGUGCGCCUAAAACUUCAGCACACUUUGGAUGUUAAAGAACUUCAAGGACCAGGAUAUACCUCAAAUUCUUCAAUGAAACCACGCCUUCUCCAGGCAGCAUCUGUUACUCGCUCUCAUUCUAAUGUGCCAUCUUCUCAGUCUACUGUCAGCUUCCUGUCACAUGCUUCCAGAGUGACUCAGUCUCCAACAAUAGGCACCCUCUCCAGACUAGAAUUAGCCAUCGAUUGCCAAGGUGUAUUUUACCUUCUAAUGGAGUCUUCAGCUUUACCCUCCCCGUCCUGGGUGUUGAAGAAUCUGGUCUCUUCGGUUAUCAGAACCUUCUCAUUCACUGAAGAUGAUAGAGUAAGAGACUGUAUUACUGAAUCAAGUCUAAGAGCAGAACUAUGCCACAGAAGCAACAACUCAUUAAGGGAAUCCACUGAAGGCAGCAAGUCAAGUGAAACCCUUAGCAGAGAUCCAGUCACAUUACAUGCAGGAGACCUGGAAGACCCAUCUAGUUGCUUCGCAUUCCCAUCUACAGUAACUCCAUCUGUAAAAAACUCAGCUACUCGUUCCUUCACUUCUCCUAAGAAGUCUCCAGUACACUCACUCCUGACGAGUUCAGCUGAAGAUUCAGUUGGAUCCACAUCACAGUAUAGAUCUACUAAGCCUAUUCAUUCACCUGAUUCUGUUAAAGAUUCACAGUCUCCGCCAGUAGAAACAACAGGAAAAACAUGCAGGAAACUUCAAAACAGACUGGAAAGCUUGCAAACCCUGGUAGAAGAUUUACAGAUGAAAAACCAAGCAAUGUCUUCAAUGAUCAGAAAUCAAGAAAAGAGGAUUCAGAAAGUGAAAGACCAAGAAAAAAUGUUGCUAAAAUGAUGGGUUGCUUGCCUGUUCUUUACA